AUGAAGUUUCUUGUCACCACAGAUCUUCUUUCAAUUCGUGCUGGGACGAAGAAGUCCACUUUCAUCAGCUUGCACGACCCCCAAUCUGAUCUUUCCACGCCUUCAUCCAGCCACGAUGAGUUGGAUGUAUGGAUAUGCGACGGCAAAGAGAUCAACAGCGAUCUCAUGGACCAGUGGCUGGGUCAAGUCCGCCAUAGCCCCAAGUCCAUGCUGGUGCGAGACGCCGAAGCUAUUCCUCGUUUAUGGGAGCUUGCAAAGGGUCGUGUAUUCCAGAUCGCCGCUUUCCCUGAGAAGACGGAAGGCCUGUCAAGCAAAGACUGGGAAGAAGCCAUACUUCGUGAAGCAGAGAUGAUUUACGCCAAAGCCCAUGCCGAUACUGAUACCCAGCGGGUCAGCUCCAACGCCAAGGCUAAGGGUCUGUCGACUACUCAAACUAGCGUCUUGGUCAUUGGCGCUGGUAUCAUGAACCUCAUGACCGCUCAGCUCCUUGCCAAGCAUGGCUACAAGGUCCGCAUCGUGGACCAAGGCCCCGACCCACGGGCCUGCCAGCUCAAAGACUGGACUAUGCUGGGAGUCACGAGCGGCGGCCACAACGCCCGCAUGUUCACAAACACCGAGGCGGACAACUACAAUGAGCAGGACAGCGAAAUCUACCAAGACAUGCAGUCCAUCUUUCGCAAGACCGUCCGCGGCGGUGGGUGGAGCGUCAAGUCUCCCGAGGAUUUCAACGCCGCUGAGGAUGCCUGGGUCAGCGCCUUCGAGCGUGUCCCGGGCUGGAUGGCGGCGACCUUUAAGAAGAAUAUCCACGAGGUGAACGUUGAGUCCGGCAAGCUCUGGAGGGAGCUUAUGAAAAACGAACCUCAGCUUUUCGAGAACGUGGGACUCCACGAAGACAUUAUACGCUUGUACGUCGAGGACGUUGCUUUGGAUGCGUCUGUCGAGCUUAAUCGGAGACUCGGUGCGCUUCUGGAGGCACCCUCUGCCAAGCAAUUCUUGGAAACGUAUCCUGCCUUCCGCUCGGCUGCUGAGACGGACCAUCUUGCGGGAGGUAUCAUUGUGGACGGUUUCACAGUGAACAUUCACUUGUUCGUCGCCAAGUUGAUCGACCACAUCUCCAGCCUCGGCGCCGUGUUCACUUGGGACUGCGAGGUCCAGGGUAUACAGCGCAACUCCGGAGGCGAGGUGACUGUUCUGCGAUCACAGAAAGGAGACCUGAAGGCCGAUCACUUCAUCCUGAGCCCCGGCACGACCGGCAGUUCACUGCUCCACGGAACGGCCUGCGAGAAUCUGAUCCAAGGCGUCCUCGGUAUCUGGCUGCAGAUCCCUAACCUGGACCCAAAGAUGCGCAACUCGAUCAAGAUCCACAGACGCGGCCACAAGGUCGAAGACAUCAACAUCACUGUGGCAAAGGACCGCGAAACUGGCGAGGACAUACUCGUCUUUGGCGGCGCAUACGGCUACGUCGGUUUGGGCCGUCCCGACCCAGACUCGCCCGAGAUGAAGGCUCUCUACGACGAGCUGGAGGAGGUUGCGCGCAUCUACUUCCCGCAAGGAUACGCCGCCGCGAAAAGCCGUGGCCCGAACGCCAUGUACCCCGGCGGGCACCGCAAGUUCUGCGUCCGGCCAUUCACACCGACGGGUCUUGGCGUAUUCGAGAGGAUCCCCACCGCGAGCGGCGGUCAGCUCAUCAUCACCGGUGGAAACAACACGGGCGGCUUUGCCCAAGCGCCCGGCAUGGCCCGCGCGAUCUUGCGAUCGUUCUUGGGCGAACAUGACCCCGUUCACAUUCUCUUCCACCCCAACCGCGGCAAGCUGCCUCCCGCUGAUAACAACUACCAGUCUCACACCCCGAGCCCGGGACCGGCCUUGACAAGUCCCCAGGCCCAGAAGCCUCCAUUGAGACUUCUCCUCGUCUGUUCCGACGGUCCGCAGCACCGCUACCUGCGUUAUCGCCUAGACCAGGCUUUCCCCGGCUACCGUUGCGUACAAGAGACAAGCGACGGUCAAGUACGCCAGUUGAUGAAGAAGAGUCGCGUCGUUGACGCUUGCUGGCAGCAGUACCACGGCCUCAGACGCGGCUUCUUCGGCCACGACGUCCGGCGCGCGGCGCACUUUGACAAGCUCGUGCCGCCAGGCCACGUCUCGCCUGCACCGGAUCUCGUCGUCGACAGCGUCAACUGCCGCGCGGUAUGGGAGGCCACCGAGAAAUGGCAACCGGAGCUGACCAUCGUCUCGGGGACCAAGUACAUUGGCAAGAAGCUAAUGGCGCGCGCGGGGCUGAUGAUCAAUAUGCACACCGGUCAUUUGCCAGAGUAUAAAGGCAACCACUGCGUAUUCUUCGCCCUGUAUGACGGUGCGGUGGAUAAGGUUGCGUCGACGCUGCACCAGUUGACGCCGGAGCUGGACGGGGGUGACGUGCUGGACAGGGUGUUUCCGGAGAUCGAUCCUGAGGAUAACGAGGAUACGCUGUACACAAAGUGCCUUGAGAUGGCGAUAGACCGGUGUGUGGAACACAUUGGGAAAUUCUCUAGAGGUCAAAGGCUUGAGUUCGUGCCGCAGGAAGCUGGUGGGAGGACAUUCCGGCACCGGGAUCGUACGCCGGGCAAAGAACUGGGAUUGUGGUGGUCGCUGAACGCAGGCAGGCUGUUGAAGUCGAGGCCGGCGAGUAAGGAGGUAGAUACAGACUAA